GAUUGUUUCUUUUGCUAUGUAGAAGCUCUUUAAUUAGGUCCCAUUUGUCAAUUUUUGUUUUUGUUGCAAUUGCAAAACCAGUAUUUGAACCUGGAUCGUCUGACUCCAGAACCCACCCUGUCUCCACCAUGCCAGGCUGUCUGCAAGGUCCUUAUUGGUUCUCCAUGGCAACAGGGAAACAGCACUGAAGCUUCUUACUAACGUGGUCCCAGGGCCUCUGCUUGCAUUCCUCUUUUUCCACACGCUCUGCCGAGCCUGGAUUAUACCUUAGGCCGUGGGAAUCAAAGGCUGGGUGGUACCAGGCUGCUGGAGCCUUCUGUGUGGCUCUGGAGUCAGGAAACUAUGGAGAUUUGGAGGGAGACACAGGAAGAGAUGACUCGCUGCUUAUCUGAGAAGUUCGGACAAAGCUGCCACUUGUGACCAUACCUUGAAUAGGGAAGAAAUGGCCAGGUAGACCAAACAUCCUCAGAUGGGUUACUGUAUUUCCCCCCCAUUUCCCGCUGUUCCUCUCCAGGGUUAUCUAUUACCUGGGGAGAUCAGCCCUUACCUGACACCUCCUAUUGUCAUAUACCUGGUGAACAUAAGGGCCCAUGUCACAGCUGCCCUUCCCACCCUGCCACAUGCUCUGGAGAACUGGACUCAGCAGCUCCUAGUCCACAGGAGAGAAGGCUGGGGCAGAGCCGGGGCAGCCAGGGGAGGUCAUAACCACAUGCCCACCUGGUCCCCAGCUCUUGCUUUUACACCCAUGCCCCGCCAGGAGACAGCAGUUCUCCACUGGCCCUAUUUACAGAUGAGGACAUGAGGCUCAGAGAGGUGCCGUGGAUGGCCAAGGUCACGAAGCCAGGGAGCUGCAAAGGCCCGGGACAGCUGUGUUUUCAGUUGGGGUGGUAUUCUCUACCUCUGCCCCCCAAGAGCUGAGACCAGUUACCCCUGCUGGGGCAGGGUCCUCACUGCUCCACCCACACUCAUCUCUGCCCUGAGAGCCCCAAUACAGGUGUCCAUAGAAUGGGAAAGGCUGGCACCCUUCAAAACACGCAAGGAGUAUUGGCUGAGCACUGCCCAGCUGGUCCCUGCCCACCUUCCGUGGGAAGCCCACCUGGGCGAGUUCUGAGAGCCUUCCCAGUGCUGAGCUGCAAAGAAACUUGAACCCUCUGCCCGUCCACUGCCGAGGGGACACGCUGACCAGGAUGGAAGCUGGGGGACUGGGUGUGGGGAGAAGCCACCCCACUGCAGGGGCUGGGGCUGUCCAUCCUUGUACUCCUGGUUCCAUCCCAGUGCCUGAGACAUGGGAGGUUCAGGGGAAUGUGGUCAGAUGCUGGGUGAAGCUCUGGGAGGGGCUCUGAAUGCUUCUGCUGGGAAGUCCUAGGGCAGCGGCUCAGGUAGGGUCUUUGCUGCGAGGGAACACUCACAGAGUCUCUGGCUUUUGUGAAGUCAUGCCUCCAGAGAAGAGACACUUCUCCUUUUCAUUCCUUAAACGGAAACAAUAUUUGUCACCUUUUCUUCUCUGAGGCCUAAAGUGAUGGCAGAACGCUGCUAGUCCCACUCCAAGCGUGUGGACUCCACAGCGGGGUUUGGGGUGACCCUGGCAGGCCUGGACGGUCUGUUCUGUGCUUGCUGGUGGACACGCUUCAGCCCUCUGUCUCCAUUGCCCCAAAUCUGGCUGUGGCUCCUGGGCCCCCACCAGCGUGGAGGGCCGGGGUGGCCCCAGGAGCCCCUGACCACCAGCGUGGAGGGCCGGGGUGGCCCCAGGAGCCCCUGACCACUGGUGGCUUUCUUGUCUCCAGCCACGCUCCUUCCUUCCCCCAACACCCCACCGCCGCCGCCUCCUCACAAAGAUGGCUGUGUGCGAAGGGACUGUGGCUUCCCUGGGCCCUGGGAAAUUUAUCACUGAGGUUCCAGAGGACUCUAUGAAAAGGAUUUGGAGGAAAAGUGUGGAAAAUAAACAAGCCAGUUCCCAGCUCCGCCUCUCCUGAAUGCCGCAAGUAAACAACCACCUCAGCGGCCAACCCGGGAUGUUCUUAUUUGGCCUCUGUGGUUACACCUGCCCCCUCCCCGCCCAGCCCCUCCUCCUUGACUUCGAGAGCCUCAAAAGGCAGGAACACACCCUCCACUGGCCAGUGCUUGUGCUGCAGGGACGCUGGUGGCCGGGCACAGGGAGAACAUGUAUGCGGGACAGAAGACAGCCGGGGGUCCCAGCUCAGCCCCGCUCCCUCUGAGUCAGUCCCAAGCCCAGGCCCUGCCCAGCAAGCAGACGGUGACCUCUUGGUUGGUUGGACGAGGGUGUCCCCCACCUGAAGACGACAAGCCAGGUCCUGAGUGAUGCCCCUGAGCUGAGUGUCCAAGGCCAGCCUGAGGCGCCCCCUGUCUUUCCCCAUGGAGAAAGGACUCACUUUGCCCCAGGACUGUCGGGACUUUGUGCACAGCCUGAAGAUGAGGAGCAAAUAUGCCCUUUUCUUGAUUUUCGUGGUGAUAGUUUUUGUCUUCAUUGAAAAGGAAAAUAAAAUCAUAUCAAGGGUCUCAGACAGGCUGAAGCAGAUCCCCCAAGCCCUGGCAGAUGCCAACAGCACCGACCCAGCCCUGGUCUUGGCUGAGAACGCAUCUCUCUUGUCCCUGAGCAAGCUAGAUUCAGCCUUCUCCCAGCUGAAGAGCCGUCUCCACAACCUAAGCCUGCAGCUGGGCGUGGAGCCAGCAGUGGAGGCCGCUGGGGAGGAAGAGGAGGAGGGAGAAGAGGAGGAGGAGCCGCCCAGACCGGCCGCGGCGGGGCCCCGGCGCCACGUGCUGCUCAUGGCCACCACGCGCACCGGCUCCUCGUUCGUGGGCGAGUUCUUCAACCAGCAGGGCAACAUCUUCUACCUCUUCGAGCCGCUGUGGCACAUCGAGCGCACGGUGUCCUUUGAGCCGGGGGGUGCCAACGCUGCGGGCUCGGCCCUGGUGUACCGCGACGUGCUCAAGCAGCUCUUCCUGUGCGACCUGUACGUGCUGGAGCCUUUCAUCACGCCGCUGCCCGAGGACCACCUGACCCAGUUCAUGUUCCGCCGCGGCUCCAGCCGCUCCCUGUGCGAGGACCCCGUCUGCACGCCCUUCGUCAAGAAGGUCUUCGAGAAGUACCACUGCAAGAACCGCCGCUGCGGCCCCCUCAACGUGACGCUGGCCGCCGAGGCCUGCCGCCGCAAGGACCACAUGGCCCUCAAGGCCGUGCGCAUGAGGCAGCUGGAGUUCCUGCAGCCGCUGGCCGAGGACCCCCGCCUGGACCUGCGCGUCAUCCAGCUGGUGCGAGACCCCCGCGCCGUGCUGGCCUCGCGCAUGGUAGCCUUCGCCGGCAAGUACAAGACCUGGAAGAAGUGGCUGGAUGACGAGGGCCAGGACCAGCUGAGGGAGGAGGAGGUGCAGAGGCUGCGGGGCAACUGCGAGAGCAUCCGCCUGUCCGCUGAGCUGGGGCUGCGGCAGCCCGCGUGGCUGCGGGGCCGCUACAUGCUGGUGCGCUACGAGGACGUGGCGCGCAGGCCACUGCAGAAGGCCCGCGAGAUGUACCGCUUCGCCGGCAUCCCCCUGACCCCGCAGGUGGAGGACUGGAUCCAGAAGAACACGCAGGCGGCCCACGACGGCAGCGGCAUCUACUCCACGCAGAAGAACUCCUCGGAGCAGUUCGAGAAGUGGCGCUUCAGCAUGCCUUUCAAGCUAGCCCAGGUGGUACAGGCCGCCUGCGGCACCGCCAUGCGCCUCUUCGGCUACAAACUGGCAGAGGACGCUGCCGCCCUCACCAACCGCUCGCUCAGCCUGCUGGAGGAGCAGGGCACCUUCUGGGUCACGUAGUGGGGGCCGGGGCCCUGUGUGCCCCUCCUGGUGAAAGGCCUGCCCCGCCUUUUUGCCGCAGCCCUCGCAGACGGCGGGUGCGCAGCGUGGUGAGCGGGCAGAGUCUCCUGUAGCAGUAGGGCCCCUAGCCAGCGCUCCCACCGCAGCGGCGGCCCCAGGGUUAAUCGUGGAGAACAUGACAGUGCCCCAACCCCUUGAGGGCCAUCACACCCAGACCCAAGGGGCUGCAGCCUCCAGAGCAGGCCCAGGCAGGCCCGGGCCUGUUGGCAAGCUUCAGUCUCACACACACAGAAACAUUCGUGCCUGGAGACCCUGCAGGCCAGAGUCCAAAUAUUUAAUAACCAGAAGGAGCAAGGCUCUGACCAGUGGCAGUCAGACCUCCUGCUUUA